ACAUUAGAAUGUGUCGUAAGUUGUAUUAUGUGGCGCCUAUGCUUUUUAUCUCAUAUUUCAACGAUUUCUACAUCAUUUGCGACUCAUCAAUAAACAGCAUUUAUAAAAAAUUAAAAGACAAGCCUGUGUUAAGAAUUAACAUGAAUUUCUGACCUUUAACCUACGAUAAAUACGAUCAUGUGAAAAUUAAACUAAUUGUUUCUCAGUUUAAACACACACAAUGAUUUUCCAAACCGUCGUUUUCAUUAUUUGUGUAUUAUCUUCAGUAAAAUCCUGCAGUGACAUCACUUUUAACAGUGUAAAUGUGACCUUAAGAGGUGCCAAAGACAUUAAAGAGAUAACGGGAUGUUUCGAACCUACAGAGGAUUUGGUAAAAGUUUCUUAUAUCCAGAUAAUCAAUCAACAAAUACCUGUGUUAAAAAAAGACGCUAUAAACAGCUUACCAAAACUAGUUGACGUUAUAUUAGAAGAAAACAACAUUACAGACAUCGAACCGGGAGCUUUUCGGAAUCUUACGAUGCUGUAUCUACUCAAAAUCAAGAACAAUAUCAUCAGAGUUAUUAGAGAAGGCGUAUUUUCAGAUUUACCUCUAUCAGAAUUACAUUUGAUGAAUAACAGCAUAGAAAUCAUUCACCCCAACGCAUUCGAUAAUAUGCCGAAAUUACUGUUACUUUAUUUAAACGAAAAUAAGAUUACAACUUUAUCUAAUGAUUGGUUUAAAUCCAGUCCUCAAGUAACCACGAUCAAUUUGGAAAGAAACUACAUUUCCGUAAUUCCCAACAAAAUACUACAGAAUAUACACGGUGAGCACGUUAUAAGAAACGCUACAGUAUUAACUCAUAUUCUUUUAAACGAUAAUACUAUACAUAAAAUUGAAGAUGGCGCUUUUUCCGGUCCGGAUACUCUCGGCUGGUUGUUUUUACACCGCAACGAAAUCGGCGAGAUAAGUGAAAAUAGUUUGGGGUCCUUAAAAAACAUCGAAUGGGUGAGAUUGGAUCACAACAAACUCAAGUGCGUACCAGAUAAACUCGUGGAAAUAUCACCGAACAUAGUUUAUUAUCUACAAUCGAAUCCUUUAUCUGAAAUGUGUAUAAACAAGUUAAAUAUAACCGCUGUUUAAUAAUUUAUAAUUGGAGAUAUAUUUUGAUUAAUAUUAUUUGAAUUGACAUCGAUACCUUCAAACUAAAAAUAGCUUAAUGUUAUAGAACAUGUUAUUUUGUUUUAUAAAUAAACCGGAUGUGACAUCUAGUGUUAUCAGUGUUUUACGUCCUAUUCGACUACAUAAUUUUUUUCCGAUUAGACCAUAUUGUAAUAAACGUGCAUUAUUUCUUUUUAUUUUCAUGUCGCAUUCAUUUUUUGUAACAUAACAUUUUUAUCAAUAAUGUUUAUCACUUGCAAAUGAGAUUCCAAUAUAAAUAUGUAAAUACCUUAUACAUAAAUAAGUUGAUAUUUGAAAAAAUCUGUACAUAAUUUUUAGCUACCUAAUGACAAUUUAACUAAGACAAUAUAAUUACGAGUA